AUGACUGACAUCUUCAUCAAGAAGAGCACGUCCAGGAUGCUGCUGUCGUGUGUCGGCGCAAUUCUCCUUCUUGCGAAUGUGUGCCGGACCUUGCUGUCAAAGGAGAGUUUAUAUCUUGGUACCCUUUGGCAUAUUUCAUUUUCUGGUAUCAUUGCAAAAUGCUUGCGAUAUGAUCCUGUGAAGAAAGAGUCAUUGGUGAUCAAGCCGGGUUUUGGGGUCCAAUUAGAACAACACUUUUGGAGCGGAAGAAUCCAUCGCAAAUUUGUGCCAAAACCAGUGCUGAAUGAACGUGUACCCGUCACAUGCUACUGGAGAUUGGCACUGCUUCUACGUGACGAAUAUGAGCUCGUGCUUGUUUUUAAGAAAUUUCAUCCACCAGUCAAGAUGUUGGUUCCGAUAUGGAAAGCUUUAUGUGCAUUCUCAAACUCUGAUGGCACGAACACUCUUGUAGUUCCUCAACCACACGAUUCACAUAAACAUGUUCAGCAAGACGGUGGUGUGCAGUCCUGAAAGCACAUCGAAGACGUGAUUUGCUGAAGACUUUGCUGACAACGGAAUGUUAAGUUUUGAUACAAAUGACUGAAGUCACAGAGUUUUAUUGAUACCAGGGAUCUUACUUUAGCCGCAGUAAUUCACUCGUGAAAGUACAUUGAAGAUAUGAUUUGCUGAAGACUUUGCUGACAACGGAAUGUUAAGUUCUGAUGCAAAUGACUGAAGUCACAGAGUGUUAUUGA